UGGAGUGGAAUUAGGGCACAUUGGGCUGAUUGCACAGAAUUUAUCUCCUGAAAUCGACGGAACGCAUCGUCUUUGGUGCAUUUUAUUCAGCGAGCACGCUUGAUGAUGCGAAUAUUCCCAAUACUGGACUGCAUCCUAUUUUCCACUUGGGUGAAUGUUGUGAGAUUACAGGGGCUAUGCCCUGAGCCCCAAUACAUUUCACCAUGCACCUGCUCUGAUUUCGAGGAGUCCGAAAAUGGCACUGUGGAUUGCUCGGACGCAGAAACGACUGCAAGUAUCUUCGACACCUUCAAUAAUGCUUCAUGGUCUUCGACUGAACUCAUGAAGUUCAGGCUCAGUGAAAGCAAGGCAGUGCUUGACCUUUCACAUGGCAUAUUCGGCAAUAUCACCUUCCAGAGGAUAUAUUCAUACAAGACCACGAUCAGAACCAUCCAUCCCUCGACCUUGAACUCAUCUAGAGAGAGGCUUCAAUCCUUGAACAUAUGGAACAGUCGCCUGGAGGACUUCCCAUUCACCGUCCUCCCUGAAUUAACCAACCUGAAGAUCCUGGAUCUCCAUGGAAAUGCCUUGAAGACAGUGCCACCCCUUGAAAGCGAGAGUCUAAAGGAGCUCUACCUGCCCCUGGCCAUUGCAAGGUCGUCCGACAAGGUGGAGGAGGGCUGGGCUGGGGCCUGGGGCUCGAAGGCCGGUGGUGGUGGGGCUGGUGGUACUGGAUCGUGUCGUUCGGUGGUGGUAGAUGUCCUCACCGUCUCCACACGAACUACGUUGGUGGAAAAGGCUUCUAAGGACGAGCCCGACUACCGAGGAGAAUAUUGUGACCCUACUUUCAGGUAUUAUGGUCGAGCCUGUUUCCGGGCCAGCUGUGACGACCGUAUCCAGGGCAUAAGACUGCUUGAAUAUCAAGGAGAUUGUCCCAGUCGUAUUUCUGGACUCAGGUCAAGCUUCUGUGACACUUGA